AACACCAGCCCAUCGGUCGCAAAGACAGCCAUCAUCAGCGGCGGUGCACGUGGCAUUGGCCGCUGCAUCGUGCGCAGAUUCCUUGAGCGAGGCUACAAAGUCUUCGUCUUGGACAUUGACGAAGAGGAGCUGAAGCACGCGACUACCGUGCACUUGAAACAAUACUACGACAAGAAGCAACUCAGUUCGGCCAUCUGCAACUUGCGAUCCGUCGACGAGAUUCGCGACAAGGUCAAGGAGGCUGCCGACUUCUUAGGCGGUCGUAUCGAGGUUGUGGUCAACAAUGGAGGCAUUGCGGCACCCACUUGGAAGGAUGGCAAGGCGAUGGACGAUCUUGACACAUUCCCGCAAUGGCAGGCCUNACAUCGAGACCAACCUGACCGCUCCCUUCGCCGUCUCGAAGACAAGAAAGACUCUCAUCACGUCGAUGAUUCGGACGCUGGUCCUGUUGUCAUCCACAUUGGCUCUUUCCGUGCAGAGAUGAGCGACCCAAACCAAGAAGGCUACGCAUCCAGCAAGUCUGGUCAAAUCGGUCUCAUGCACAGCAUGGCCAUCAGUCUGGGCCGCUGGGGCAUUCGCUGCAACCUCGUCGCUCCUGGUCGCAUCAAGGUCGCCCACGAGUCCAAGGAUGGUGAUGAGAAGGGCAUUGAAUGGGCACACCAAAACGAGGACAAGGAUGUCGAAGACCACGCUACCAACAGAGCCGGCAGACCAAAGGACAUCGCUGACGCCGUCGAGUACUUGGUCAACGCUGGCUUUGUUACGGGACAGGCAAUCACGGUAGACGGUGGUGCCGUGAGGAUGAAG